AUGGAUCAAAAAUAAAAGGUUCAAUCAUUAAUGAACAAUUAUGUAAAGAAAGAAAUCAAUAGGUCAGGAGUGGUGAAUGUAAAAAUUUACUUAAACAAUUAAUUAUAACAUUCGAUCUAAUUUCCAACUUUAAAUCAAACUACAUAAAAUUUAGUGAAUCAUUUAAAAAAUUUGUUAAAUUCACCAUUAGUAGUUGGAUUUUAAACAAUAGAUUAAAACAUACCUUUGGAUUUCUAUUUAACAUAGAAUUAAGAUUUAGGAUUUCUUACAAAUUAGACAAUAUAAUUAAAACCCUUACAUGCAAUAUAGUAAGCUCUAAUAACUUUAGAUUCAUUUUAUUUUUUACAAUGUAUAGGUGUUGGUGGUUUUUCAAGAGUUUAUUUAGUUAGAUGUAAAUCAAAUGGUUAAUUUAUGGCAUUGAAAAUGAUAUCAAAAUAAUUCAUUUAAGAACAUGAUAAAUUUUAAAUAAUAUAAAAUGAAAGAAAUAUAAUGGUUGCUUUAGCAGAAUAAAGUGAUUCACAUCCUUUUUUAUGUAAAUUAUUAAGUGUAUUUGAAACUAAGAGUUGGGUUUGUUUUGCAUUAGAAUAUUGUCCUGGAGGAGAAUUAUUUUAAUAAUUAAAAAGAGUAAAGAGGAUGGAUGAACAAUAAGCAAAAUUUUAUUUUAGUUAAGUUUGUUUAGCUAUUCAUCAUUUACAUGAGAAUGGAAUUAUUUAUAGAGAUAUAAAACCAGAAAAUAUUUUAAUAGAUUAAGAUGGUAAUAUAAAAUUGGCUGAUUUUGGUUUAGCUAGACCUAAUAUGAAAGAUGAUUUAUUGGCUUUUUCAUUUUGUGGAUCUCCAGAAUAUAUGGCACCUGAAAUGUUAUUAAAGUCAGGUCAUAAUUAUUAAAUAGAUCAUUAUUGUUUAGGAGCUUUACUUUAUGAAUUAUUGACAGGUUUACCUCCAUAUUAUUCAAAUACACCAGAAUAGAUAUAUAAAAACAUUCUUUAACAUGAAUUAACAUUACCAACUAAAAAUUGUAGUGUUGAAUCUAGAGAUCUUAUGUAGAAAUUAUUAUAAAAGGAUGUAUUUAAUAGAUUAGGGAAAGAAUUUGGAAUAUAUGAAAUUCUAAAACAUCCUUGGUUAUAGGAUAAAUAAUUAUAUAAAAUUCUUAAUAGAAAUUAUGAACCACCAUUUAAACCAGAUCUUAUGAAAAUGAAUUUUGAUUAAAAUGAAAUAAUUAGAGGAGAGAAUAAUUUUUAGAGAGAUCUUCAAAAAUCAUUGAAUUCUGAAAAUGAAAAUGUCUUUACACCUUUUUUCUCUAAUUUCUAUUUUUCUUCAAUAACAUAAAAACCUUAAACAAGAUCAUCUUCAAUAACCUAAAUAAAUUCAUCAAAUAUAGAUGAAAAAAUUAAUAAUCUAUUAAUUAAUAGUAAGGCUAAGAAUGUUAUUUAAACUCAUACAGCAUCAUAACCUAAUAUACAUUGUUAAUUAAAAUAAAAAAAAGUAUCUUAAGAAAGAAGUUCUGAUAAUAACAAAGAAAAUAUAAUGAAAAAUUUUAGUUCUUUAAUUACAAAAACAAGCAAAAAACAUAAAAAAAAUAAUUAAAGUAUGCCUGAUCAAAGUUGUGCAGUCUCUUCUGAAAUGAGAUCACUUUCAACUUAGAAAAUAAUUGAGUCAUAAAAGGUACCAUCAACAUUUAAUACAACUUUAUUAAAAUCAUAAUUUACAGAAACUGAUGAUGAUUCAAGUGUUAAUAAAACACAUAAAACUCUUUUUGGAGAAGCUAAAAGUUUGAAUAAAAACUUCACUAAUUAAUGCACAUUAUUGAGAUUUUUCAAAUAAUGA